GAAAAAGGCUCGUUCUGUAGCAAUCUCAAUCUUGAAGCGAUACAGUCCAUCAAACCGAACUUACCUCCCACGAUACCCACGAAAUCCGUCAUCAUGUCUUGGCUCGGUGUUCAACCCCUCAAGAAGUUCAACGCUCCCUUCUUGAAGCCUUACUGGCCCUUCUUCGCUGCCGGUGUUGUUAUUGCCUACGGCGUCAACUCCGCCCAGUCCGCCAUGAUGAACUCUGCCGAGUGGAAGAACGACCCCCGCAACCCCAACGCCAAGUCUGGCGGUCACUAAGUUUGAUGGAAAGGAAAUGGGGUUUCGUCCAGCUGGCACGCAUAAUCGACCCGCUCGAACGCGAGGCCAUGGUUCACAAGAUGGAAUUGUAUCAUAGAAUCGAAAAAGGGGCUUAAUUGACCUAUACAACGAUCAUACGAAAGUUGCCCAUGGAUAUAAC